AUGGAAGACGCAGAUCUAGAGCAGGCGACCCGGCUCGAGCAGCUCAAGGCACAAAGCGGGGGAGCCAAGUCUGGGGGCGGCGGCGGAGGUGGAGGCCAAGCUGAGCAGAGGAAACAACAAGAAGCCGAAGCACGAACCAGCAUCCUGAACCAAAUCCUGCACCCCGAGGCCAUGGACCGACUGGGCCGCAUCCGGAUGGUUAAGGAGUCGCGCGCAACCGAGGUCGAAAACCGGCUGAUCAUGCUGGCGCAGUCGGGCCAGCUGCGGCAAAAGGUCACCGAGGAGCAGCUCAAGGAGCUCCUCAACGCCGUGGCCGACAAGAAGGAGGAGGAGAAGAUUGUGGUCAGCAGGAGAAAGGGUUGGGCCGACGAUGACGACGAUCUACUUGAUAUUUGA